AUGUGUAAAUCGGAAAAGGACAUUUUGCGCCAAAAUGAUGAUAUUCCAAUAAAAAGUAAUUAUGAAAUGAUACAAAUAUUAGAUGUACUUAAUGGAAGUAAUGCAAUUAAUGUUGGACGACCAUAUCUUCACCGUUUGCCAAAAAAUACCAAUUGGAGUUAUGCUGCUUUAAACCUUUUUAAGGAUUCAUCCAGAAAUCGACCCGAUACACUGCUGAAAAUUGCUAAGGGAAGCUCAUUGGUUAUAUUAUCGAGAAAUUUUGUAAAUUUUAUGAUGAAAGAUUUAAAUUUGACAGCUCUCAUUGAGAUAUUUGAUUCGAAACCAUACGGCACUGAUGAAAUGCUCUUUCACAGUUUACAUUCCGAUGAUUCUUUAGCUGUUCCUGGCGGCUUCACAAGAAAAUGCAUUGAUCAACAAAGCGAUUUUAUCACCAGAUAUGUUGUAUGGGCCUGGUCAGGUCGACCAUGUAGAAGUGGCAAAUAUCGACAUAAUGUCUGUAUAUUUGGUGUUGCUGAUUUGAUCUUAUUGAAAGAGCUUCAACAAUUAUUUGCUAAUAAAAUGCUAUCAGAAAGUGAUUAUGGUGCGAUCGCUUGUUGGGCAAUGUAUUUGGCUGAACGAAUUGCAAGCAAUUCAACUAUUAAUUUUGAAGAUUAUAAGCAAAUUCAAAUUGUACGAUUUAAUAAUAACAAAGAGACAUGGCGAAAAAAUAUGUCAUUGUUUCAAUGUUAA